GCCAUGGCGCUGCUGACGGACCUCUACCAGGUCACCAUGGCGUACGGGUACUGGCGCGCCGGGCGGCACCGCGCCCCCGCCGCCGCCGAGCUGCUCUUCCGCCGCUGCCCCUUCCGCGGCGCCUUCGCCCUGGGCGCCGGCCUGGCCGAGGGGCUCCGCUUCCUCCGCGCCUUCCGCUUCUCCGCCGCCGAUAUCGCCUACCUGCGGUCGGUCCUGCCCAGCACCACGGAAGAAGCCUUCUUCGAGUACCUGAGCACCGUGGACGCCUCGGAGGUGACUCUCUCCUCUGCGCCAGAAGGCUCUGUCGUCUUCUCUAGGGUCCCACUCUUGCAGGUGAAGGGCCCGCUGCUGGUGGUGCAGCUGCUGGAGACCACGUUGCUGUGUCUGGUCAGCUAUGCCAGCCUGGUGGCCACAAACGCCGCCCGCUUCCGGCUCCUUGCUGGCCCUGCCACGAAGCUGAUGGAGAUGGGGCUGCGUCGUGCUCAGGGUCCGGAUGGCGGCCUUUCGGCUUCCAAGUACUCCUACAUCGGGGGCUUUGAUUGCACCAGCAACGUCCUGGCGGGGAAGCUCUAUGGCAUCCCGGUGCAGGGGACCGUGGCCCACUCGUUCAUCAUGUCCUUCACGUCGCUGGCGGAGGUGGAGCCCCGGGUCCUGACCCCCCUCGCUGGAGGAGAGCCGGUGGAUCUCCCAUCCCUGGCCGAGUCGUGGCUGCUGCAGGUGUGUGAGCUGCUGCAGGCCUCCCCUGACAAGGUGAACCGUGGGGAGCUGGCCGCCUUUGUGUCAUACGCCAUCAGCUUCCCGCGCAACUUCCAGGGGCUGCUGGACACGUACUGCGUCAUGAGGAGCGGCCUUCCCAACUUCUGUGCCGUGGCCCUGGCCCUAAACCAGCUGGGCUACCGUGCCAUCGGGGUGCGCCUGGACAGCGGCGACCUGGCCAAGCAGUCCAAGGAGAUACGCCGAGUGUUUCGUGCCUGUGGCGCUUGCUUCCAGGUCCCCUGGUUUGAGACUAUCUCUAUUGCCGUGAGCAAUGACAUCAGUGAGCAGAGCCUGGAGGACUUCAUUCGAGAGGGGAGCGAGAUCGACGUGAUCGGCAUCGGGACGAACCUGGUGACGUGCCCCCGGCAGCCGUCGCUGGGCUGCGUUUAUAAGCUGGUGGAGGUGAAUGGCUCCCCUUGCCUGAAGCUCACGGAAGACGAGGAGAAGACGACGAUCCCUGGAACUAAGAUGGUGUAUCGGCUCUACGAUGCUGCUGGUCACCCCUUCAUGGACCUCAUGGCCCUGGAGGAGGAGCCCUCGCCCAGGGCGGGUCAUGAGCUCACAGUCCACGUCCUGGGGAGGAAUGGAGAGGCCAGCAAGGUGAAGCCCACCACUGUGGAGACUCUACAUCACACGUACUUCAGAGACGGACAGGUGUGCGAGGUGCUGCCCAGCCUGCCGGAGGUGAGGAGCUACGCGCAGGCCUCCCUCAGCCGCCUCAGCCCUGCGCACCGGAGACUCCACGAGCCAGAGCCCUACCCGGUGGCCAUCACGGAGAAGCUGCACGUCCUCUUCAGGGAGCUGCGACAGGCCAGCUAAGGAGCCCACCACGCUUGCCCUCCGCGCCAUCCGAACCCGGGCCAGACACAGCCCUCGCCAGGGGCCAGCUCUUCCUCUGUGCUCCUUAAAGCUCUGGUGACUAAUUGGAAAUUAAUGGCUCUCAUGCUGUCAUUGCUCUGCAGGUGCUAAGCCGAGGACAGUGCAGGUCCCGGACCCCACUCCCCCUGUUCCCAGUGACACAAGCUGGGCGCAGCGGGGAGGAGGCGGGCAGAGCAGGGCAGCAGCAAGCGGCGUCCCGUGACGGGACAGGGUGGCGCAUCGGCCCGAGUCCUCCCUGCUGGCGACGUGUCCUCUCUGCCCGUCUCGGCAGCCCUGUGCCUUCCGCGUUCGCAGCACCCAUCGAGCAAAGAGGGGGCCGCUGCUCCUGCCGCUGCCUCUGCGCCACGGCUCUCGCGUGUUUGCUGGGAUGCGGCUAGCUCCGUGCGACGCUUGCGUGAUGCAAAUGCAUCUAAGUAGAUGGCAGAGGCAGGGGACUGACUCGGUGGUCCCAAGCUGAUGCUCAGCAUCAUCACGACAGACGUGAACUGAACGGUGCCUUGACAUGGAAAUCACCCACCCGUCUCCCCAGCUUGUGCUUUGCGGGACAGCUGUGGCGGGAGGCACUUCGCCCUUUCUGCUCUCAGCUUUUACUCUCUGGCCACUUUUUAUAUCUUGCCCUGCUGUGUCAGUGCAUGAACAAGUGCUCUAGAGCAUGGAGACUGGUUUCAUGUUGACACAGGGAAUCUUUAAUUUGACUGUUAUACAGAAAAUAUGCUGCUUAUCUCUGUGAUUACAUCAUCCCAAGCUCAAAGCGAAAUAAAUGCCUUAGCCCGCUAGCUGUGAA